AUGGACUUCUCACGGCUUGCGCGGACGGCGCUGUCGGCGUCGACGUCGACGACAGCGACAGCCUCGAGCACAUUUGCGCGCAUGUUUGGCGCUGCUCGCCCCGGCUCGCCUCCUUUUGCCCUUUGCAGAUCGCUGUCCACCACACCCAUGCGCCUCGCACCGCCCCGGCAAUCGGGACAAGACGCCCAGCCCGCCUGGCCACCAAAACGAGAGGCGACGACGCCGCCAACAGGGCCCUCAUCGGCAUCAGCGUCGCCCUCGUCUUCCACGACCGCCGCCCCGGACACCUCCAACCCCUUGAAAGACAUGUACUCGUCCGACAGCCCCGCGCAGUGGGCCAACUGGUCGAGCAACGACUUUUCGGCGCGCAACGGCCUCUCCAGCUUCGACAUGGGCCUUUCGGCCAGAAGCAGCCGGUCGGCACACAGCGACGAUACGCGGUUCCGCUUGAGCCCCGAGACGGGCCGCACGGUGUACGUGGCCGGCAACGUCGACGCGGCGCAGGCCUUUAUGCUUCUCAACGUGUUGUGCACGCGCAACCGGGUGCAGGCGGACUUCCAGAAGCAGCGGUUCCACGAGCGGCAGGGCCUGCGACGGAAGCGGCUCAAUUGGGAGAGGAGGCGGGACAACUUCCGGCGGGGUCUGCGGGCGUACGUGGACCGUGUGCAGGAGUUGACGCGGCAGGGAUGGUAA